UUAGCAGCCUUUAUUAUUUCAUUCACUUUUUUUCCACUUCAACCCUUCACUAUUUCUUUCUUAGACAUGCACCCCACAUUCUAUUCUACCAAAUAACACAAAAAAAGGCAAAAAAGAAAAACCCCACUAUUUCUCUCCUCUCUUCACAAACCCAAAACCCAAAACCCAAAAAAAUCAGAAGAAAAGAAAAGAAAAAAAAAAAAAAAAAACCCAUUUCUUGUUUGCUCCAAUACAUUACAUUUUUUUUUUUUUUUUUUUUUGUUGAAGAAAAAAUUUUGGAUUCAAAAUGGUGAGAGCUUUGAUUCAGCAACCAAGUGUUCAACAGUCAAGAUCAUUUCAAUUGAAAAGAAUGGUGGAGCUUCCUGGAAGACAAACUCAUAGUUUGAUUUUGGAGAGUGGACAAGAGGGCAAUGGUUCAAGAGAUUCUUCUGAACCCCAAAGAAUUGGAUGGGCAUUGAGUGACAAUAAAAGCCCUGUUUUGUGCCUCGAUGGACAUGGUAUCAGAGCAAGAGGUUCUCGAUGUCAAUCUAAUUCAGAUUUGGAUUUGAUGAAAGCAAAGUUUGCUAAAUUGCUUUUGGGUGAGGAUAUGUCAGGAGGUGGAAAGGGUGUUUCUUCUGCUCUAGCUUUGUCCAAUGCUAUAACAAACCUAGCAGCGUCUACUUUUGGAGAGCAGAAGCUUGAAUCAUUAUCUCCGGGGAAGAGAACGAGAUGGAGAAGAGAAAUAGAAUGGUUUUUAUCUGUAACCGAUCACAUUGUUGAAUUUGUCCCUUCGAAACAAAAGUCAAAGGAUGGAAUAGACAUGGAGAUCAUGGUGACUUUACAAAGGAAAGAUUUGCUCAUGAACAUUCCAGCACUUAGAAAAUUAGAUGCCAUGUUACUUGGUUACCUUGAUCAAUUUGGUAAACUACAUGAAUUUUGGUAUGUGUCAAGAGAUGAUGAAUCUGCUAAAGAUGACACACAGAGAAAUGGAGACAAAUGGUGGUUACCAGCGGUUAAGGUACCUCCGAAUGGGCUAUCGGACGUUACUCGUAAAUGGCUGCUGUUUCAGAAGGAAUCUGUAAACCAAAUUUUAAAAGCAGCCAUGGCUAUAAAUGCUCAAGUGUUAACAGAAAUGGAAGUGCCUGAAAGCUACAUUGAGUCUCUCCCUAAGAAUGGAAAAACAAGCUUGGGCGAUUCGAUCUACAAGAGCAUAACAGAUGAUUAUUUUAAUCCAGAGCAAUUCCUAAAAUCAAUGGACUUGUCAACAGAACACAAAGUGAUUGAUCUUAAGAACAGGAUUGAGGCUUCAAUUGUGAUAUGGAAGAGGAAAAUGCAUCACAAGGAUGGAAAGUCCUCAUGGGGUUCAGCAGUGAGCUUUGAGAAAAGAGAGAUUUUUGAAGAAAGAGUUGAAAGCAUUUUGUUCUUAAUUAAACAAAAUUUCCCAGGGAUUUCUCAGUCUGCUCUUGAUGUAUCCAAAAUCCAACAUAACAAGGAUGUUGGACAAGCAAUCCUAGAAAGCUAUUCAAGGGUAAUAGAAAGCUUGGCAUUCAACAUCAUGUCAAGGAUUGAGGAUGUACUUUAUGCAGAUACCAUUGCUCGAGAGUCGUCGAUCGAGAAGUCAUUGGAGAAUCUUUCUAUGGAUACAGAGAAGCAGCUGAGUUCAAGUGAUUCCCCAGCUUCAAAAACACUUUCAGAUUUCAUGGGUUGGAAUGUUGACAAUGACAGUUCUUAUAUAAGGUCAUUAGCCAUUAAAGAAAGUUGCUGUAAAGAAGAAGAAGACAUAAAUCUUAUCAGCAAACCUGGUAAUGUUGUAACACCAAAAAGAUUGUCUUAUUUAGAGAAGCUUGAGAGUUUAAGUGCUUUAAGAAGUCCGACAGCUCGCCACUAAUGGAAAAAAGUAGAAAGGUAAAAAAGGAGAAGGUAAAAAAAAGAGAUGGGACAAGGAUAUAGAGGAAGGUAAUAGUGUGAGAUUUUGAAGUUUCAUCCAAUGUAAAAAAUUCAGACCCAUGUAGGAUUUUAUUAACCUAUUCUUUUGUAGGGCUUCCUUCCUUCCUUAACUGCAAAGGAAAGAGAAGUUGAAUUUUUUUUAACCUUGGGGUUUGAAAUAUUUGCAAUGUAAAUUCUUUCUAGUUGUAUUAACAUGAAGCUAAUCUAACAUCUUCAUUUUUCAAAAAAAUCAUUUUCUUACCUUGUACCUUUUC